CAGUAGAACAUAUUUUGAUCAAUGCCCCUUGAUAAAAGAGCUUGAUUCCAGCUACUGCACUUCCUUCAUCAGCUCUCCCCUGAUGCCUGGAGCCAUGAAAAUAUUUUUCUUUAUUUUUGCUGCUUUCAUUCUUCUUGCUCAAAUUUUCCAAGCCAGGACAGCAAUUCAUAGAGCACUAAUUUGUAAGAGAAUGGAAGGUCACUGUGAAGCUGAAUGUCUUACCUUUGAAGUAAAGAUUGGGGGCUGUAGAGCUGAAUUAACACCAUAUUGCUGCAAAACCAGAAAGAAACAUUAAAAACGCGAAGCACCAGCUGCAAGAAUGAAAGAGGUGAAGAUUCUCUGGCUGCGAUAUCAGCGGGACAAAUCUCUCUGCACCGUCUCUCUU